AUGAAGCAAUCAUCAGUACUGAAACGGCAGGAGGAUCAAGAAAACAUUGAUUUUGGUGUUAUUGUGCUGUUUGGCCCAGUUAUUGUGCUGUUUGGACCAGUUAUUUGGCUGUUUGGACUAGUUAUUGGGCUGUUUAGACCAGUUAUUGGGCUGUUUGGACUAGUUAUUGGGCUGUUUGGACUAGUUAUUGGGCUGUUAGGACCAGUUAUUUGGCUGUUUGGACUAGUUAUUGGGCUGUUUAGACCAGUUAUUGGGCUGUUUGGACUAGUUAUUGGGCUGUUUGGACUAGUUAUUGGGCUGUUUGGACCUGUUAUUGGGCUGUUUGGACUAGUUAUUGAUCUGUUUGGACCAGUUAUUUGGCUGUUUGGACUAGUUAUUAAUCUGUUUGGACCAGUUAUUUGGCUGUUUGGACUAGUUAUUGGGCUGUUUGGACCAGUUUUUUGGCUGUGUGGGCUAGUUAUUGGGCUGUUUGAAACAUAUGAAACAUCUGAAAAAUAUUUUUAG